AUGAUCAACCACGAACUAGUAAUAGCUAGUGGUAAUGAAAUUAAUGAAAAGGUACAUGAAUCUAUAGAAGAAUCAGAUAAAGAAGCAAAUAAUAUCAUAUCUCCACUUUCACUUUUUCAAUUAUUUUUUACUGAUGAACAAUUGCAUUUAAUAGUCAAGAAUAGUAAUAUAUACGAGCUAGUAAAGAGUAGAGAAAGUGGUCAGGUUUGGACUCCAUUAACCUUAAGUGAAUUGAAAGUUUGGCUUGGACUGAUUAUCUACAUGGGAGUUCAUCAUAUUAAUGCGAUAGAAGAUUUAUGGAAUCAAGACAAUAAAAUAGCAAAUCAUGAAAUUAAAAGAUUUAUAUCUCUAUAUAGUUUUCAACAAAUCAAACAAUUUUUUCAUAUAUCAAUACCAGGCCAACUUCAUUCAAAUUAG